GACAACCCGUCCGUAGUCAAGAAACAGAAACGCAAAGCUCUCUACAGGUUUUUGCUCCGCGUCAUGGUGCUCGUCCUGCUGCAGGCACUACAAUUUGCAUUGCAGGAUUGCUAGGUAGAAGUUCAACGAAUCUUCGACGACGCGAUGAAAAUUAUGUUUGCAUACAUAGUAGUUUAUUUCAUUGAGGGGCACUAAAUUGAGAAGAAAGGCAACUUAAAUCCAAAAUCAGAGGCACAGAUUGACAUCAUGACGAGCUCGUCCGCAUCUUGUCGCACCUUUUCGCUCUCCCUGACGGGCCACCUUGGCCGCCAUGGUUCUCCGCCACCCGCGGCGUUGAUGAGUAGUGGGCUCGUCGCUGUGACAAAUAAUGCUAAAGACGCCGAUUUCACCCAAAGUGCAGUCGAACACUUGAUGCACGAUCGGAUUAUGGAUGCGCAGCAAUGGAUUCGAGGCUCUCCUUCGCGCCGGUCGUUUGCACUCACUCGUCAGCAAAACAGCUCUCCCUCGCCAAGACCACGCGGAGAACAAAUACCUACCUCUUGUUCUACGCAGCAGCAGCUCGAAAACAACCCUGCUGUUCGGAGCACAUUGGCCCCGCAACGAAGGCGCAAAAACAUGGGGCGCCCUAUGGGCAAGGGCGCUUAUCUGCGCUACCGACCGCAAUCUCGUGGCAGAACGUCAGGAAGUUUCGGCACACUGCAUGAUCCGCACCCUGAGGCGACUUGUCACGACAAGCAGAUGACGCGCCUCCUUCAAGCUCGGCAGCGGCGCUUGAAAUUUUUAGAAGUGCAAAAUGAGCUCCUUCGACAUGAAAAUCACCGGCUGCAUGCGCACCCUCCGGUGACGGACUUCGCCCUUCGCUGCGGCAGGGAUUACGAGACUUCAGCGCUGUCGGACCGAGUCCUACGAGCGUGGGUCGCACGCCCAGAUGAUGCGCUCUUUGCAACGGAGAAGAACCUCCUGCACGAACGGUAUUACCAGCAACCCAAGGGCGACUAUAGGAAGCGUCGGGGGCUGGCCCCCGAUUUCGACAAAAUGCACGCACGGGACCGGCGCCGGAAAGCAGAGGCCAAGAAACAACACGAGAUCUGGCGCGACACCACCAUUGCAGGAGGUGGUCCGCCUCGGAACGAAUUAAAUCUAAAUCAGGGAAAGUCGUCCAAAGUUGUGAAGCGAAAGUUCACAGUCGAUCAAUUGCCUGUCUAUCUACAGGCACCAGAACUAAUGCAAUACGUUUGCUGCGAUUGA